UUGGACGCUGCAGCGAAGCCGGCUUCGCCGCUGGCGCUGCGUGUGCGACGGCGCUCUCGGCGCUGAAGGAGCGAGCACGAGGGAAGCGGCGCGGGCCGCGCUUUUGGCGCAACGCCGCCGCGAGCGCAGCAGACGACGCCAGGCGCCGCUCGACGACCGUUAACGCGCCCCGCGCUCUCUGCGAGAUCUCGCGUGUGCCGCCCUGGAUUGGCAGAAGAGUCGCAGCGACAGCAGGAGCUGAGCGGCGCGCCACGGCAACAUGGGAAUAGUACCUGGAACGAGCCCGUGGUGUGGAGGAGUGUGAUUUUUUUUUUUUUUGCCUCAUCGACUGCCCCCUCGACUUGUUAGGAUGAAGUCCAAGAGAGGUCGGGACCGGCUGAAACUGCAGCUGUGCUCGGGCGAUGAGUCCCUGCCGUACCCGCGAGGGGCGCUGGGAGAGCUGUCUCCGCGCAAGCGCCGUGGUAACCUCCCCAAGGAGUCGGUCAAGAUUCUUCGCAUGUGGCUGUACGAGCAUCGGUACAACGCGUACCCUUCGGACCAGGAGAAGCUUCACCUGUCUCGGGAGGCGAACCUGUCGGUGCUGCAGGUGUGCAACUGGUUCAUCAACGCCCGCCGGCGCAUCCUGCCAGACAUGAUCCGCAAGGAGGGACACGACCCGCACCAGUACACCAUCACCCGAAAGUCAUCCUCAUCUUCAUCAUCCUCUUCGUCCGGCAGGUCACCGCCGAGCCAGGCAUCCCUGCCUCCACCUUCUCUGCCGCCCCUGGUGCACAACGGAGGUGGCAACCACCACCACCAGCAGCCUCAGCACCUGGCGCCCGCGCACCGGCACCACGGCGUGCCUCCGUUCGGGGCGUCGGCCGUGCCUUCGUCGACGCCUCUGAAGGCCGUCAAAGACGAGGACCUCAACAGCGACGACUCCGAGGGCGCCGCCAGCCUCGGCUCGCCGCGCUCACCGCUCAAGCUGACCAAGCGCUGGCAGCGGAGCCACGAGCGAGACCUCAAGGAGGACCCGUCACCCUCGUCAUGGGACGAAGACGACGAUGACGACGAGGAAGGUGAUGACGAUGACGACGAAGGUGACGACGAGGAAGGCGACGACGAAGAGGAGGACGACGACGAGGAAGAAGACGGCUCGCCCUGGUUCGGCGAGGACGUCAAGGGUGCCGAGAGGUCUCCGGUGGACGACAGUGACCCCUUCAGCUGCCUCUACCUUCUAGUGGACGUUGCCCUGAGUGAGCUGGAGAAGCGAGCCGCGUCCAGCUGAUAGCGGACCACGGCCGCCCCGUCCUAUCUCUGUUAGGCGCGGGGUUCCAGCAGCUGAUGUCGUGUAACAGCAGCCGUCGCCGAAAGUUUUGGGGGGACCAGGGCCUGGCCACGUCCGCCCUGGAGCGACAAUGUCGUCGCACCCCGGUGCUUCGCAGGCGGCUUCCGCAGCACAACGUGAGUGGCAGAAGUCGAGGGAAAAGUUCAAUACGAGUCCUGGACCACCGAAGUGUGCCGUGCUGGGAAUCCGGGAGCGUUUCGUUUGCCGCCAUUCCUGUGACUCCCGGCCUUUCGAGAAAAAGAAGCAAAACCCCCUUAGACGGGUGCGCCCGUGUGUGGUGCGCGCGCGCGUGUGUGUGUGCCUUUGUGUUUCCAUGCCCUUCUUGUUAUACCUUCCCCGAGUGACAAUUCAUCCGAACUCUCGGUUCGUGCACUCUUCAUUGUUUUCUUUCUUCUUAGUUCAGGGACGGCGUGCCGAACAUUAUCUGUGCACUCGUCCUUUCGCCCUCACCACAACUUCCUCACCACAUCGCUACCACCACCACCACCACUACUAUUACCAGCACCGUGCUACGGUCCCGCCACAAGCAGCCCACACAAACGCCGGCAUUUCCUCUCUCUCACUCGACAGACAUUUAACUUAUCCGGACCGAGUCGGAUGCGGACCGAGCCGAAACGUUAUCGAUGAUGUGCUCGAACGUGGAUUCACUGGCGUUCAGCUUGGCAGCGUUUCCAUGCACUAUGGACGCUGCGCGAAAUGAAAGAACAAUCGUUUUGUGCGCGUUCCCCGGUGUAUCGGCUUGGCUGGUAGCAUCCUGUCCCGACUGUGGCACGUGUGGGACAGAUAACGGGCGCUGUCUACGCUCGACCAGUAUCGAGAGUAACGUUACCUUCCUGUCAUUCUCCGCGAGCAUUUGUUACUUGAUUGUCAUUUAUUUUUUCUUAUUCUUCUUUCUUUCGGUUUGUGCAAAAAAGUGUGUGCGCUUCCUUUGUCCGAAGUAUCGAUUUUGUAAGCCCAGAGUAGGUACGAGCGAAUUCUCCUCCCCUGGAGUGUCAAUGCCAGUAUACCUGUUGUUUUCAGUGCUGUUUCUGGACAUGGUCAACCACAUCGUGCAGUCUGUUACAUUGUCAGUUAUUAUGAUUACCUUACAUGACUGCCACGGGAUCUCUGAUUGGCUCAGAAUGCCAUCAUCUUGUGGAAUUCGACAAUGUGGUGGAAUCGGUUUGGCCGUGUUUAGAAUGAACGAAUCUGGUGAUGAGGUGAUGAUGUUAUGGAGGAGAAAUCUUGUCUAAACAUUAGUGCAAGCGGCGUUUUUGAAUUUCUAGCGCGAGAUGACGUCACCGAUGGCAGAUGAUGACACCAGGGCAGGUAUUUUGUAGCGCUGCCUCUUACCUUGGCACUGUUAUAUCUUUUCGUCGAUUUCGCCCUUGGCCAGUGGUCAAAGCUAUGGCACGCCUACGUCAUCAGCGUGAUCCGUUAGAUAUGAGAGGCAGGAGAUAAGAUUAACCUGGAUUCGAGCACAACGAGAUGACGUCACCGUGAUUCCGCUUCAAAAUGGCGUUCAGCUUGUCGGGUCAACAGUUUCUCCUCCCAACGUUUGUUGAACCUCUGUAAUGCAGGAAAAAAAAACUGCACCAAGAGUGGUGUAAGUCCAGAAAAGCACUCGUUUAAUGUCUCGCAUGUGCGAUUGUAAAAGAGGUGGUGUCAAUGCAAUGGCGAACCGAGCCACGCCUUUUGCCGCAGAUAUAGUGCAUGGCUGACGGGGUAACGGUGAUGCAUGAAGCCGGUUGGCUACUUUGAUUGCUUGAAAUUUGUAUGUUAUCGAAUUGGAUUCAUUUAUAUUAGCUUCCGCGGAUUAGUUCAUAAAGCAGCGCCGAUGACGUCAAAGUCUGUUCGCGCCGGUCCAAACGCUCUGGCGAGGCCCGUAUGCUCAGAUUUGGGCGCACGUUAAA